AUGAUGACGUGCCGUCUGCUGUGCGCCCUGUUGGUGCUCGCCCUGUGCUGCUGCCCGUCCGUGCGCGGGACAGCAAGUGGUAAGGCUCAAGUUUCAACCCCCGGUCAUUCACCCCCACCGCCACAGGAGCAAACUCGGGAGACCAAGUCUUCAGGUUCAAAUACCCUUACAGUCCCGGAGGCGGAUAAUUCCGAUAAUCCCCAUCAGUCAGUGGUAAAGAGUCCGGCGCAGGAAACAGGAGGGUCAAAAAGUGAUAAAGAGGUUACGGUAAAGACUAAAACUACGACGACUACGAGUACGACAACUACGACCACGACGACCACCACCACAAAGGCACCAACCACGACGACUACCACAGAGGCGCCAACUACCACCACCAGUACUACGACUACAGAGGCGCCAACUACGACGACCACCCGCGCACCGUCACGUCUGCGAGAAAUUGACGGCAGCCACAGCAGCUCUGCGUGGGUGUGUGCCCCGCUGCUGCUCGCCGCAUCCGCGCUGGCGUACACCACUGUGGGCUGA